AUGCACCCACUUCUGCUCGGCCUGCUGUCUGGACUCGCCCUAGCCGAGGGCGGUCCCACUCCUGUCGUGGGCGACGCCUCCGGUUCGGACUGGGUGAACGCCUGCAUCGACCUCGACUGGCACUCGAAAGAGGCGGCGCUCUCGGCGACGUCCAGCUUUGAGACAGCGGCCGGGGAAACCUCCCAAGCGUGCGGCGCCGGCCGCAUCACGCUGGGCGUCCUGACCGACGUCCAGCGCAAGAUCUACAACGACCGCGGCUGCUCCGUCGGGCCGCACAAGACCUCUUCCGCCUUCUACGACUAUGGCGGCGGCGGCGCGGACAAGAUGAUGAGCGUCGAAGUCGCCGGCGCCGUCGCGGCCGUCUCGCGCGGGCGGCAUGUGCCGAACGCUUCCGCGUCCCUCGACGACGACCCGUGCACGGAGGCGUUCAACAAGGAGAAGUGCUUCAUGAACGUCUGCACGCGCGUGAUCGGCGACUCUGAGCACGCGCUUGCGGCCUGCAUGGACAACAAGUGGAGCGACUUCUCGCUCGAGGGCGGCUCGGCGCACGCGUGGUACGAGGGCGUCGCCCUCCUCUACCCGGUGGAGGACACGCUGCGCGCCCCUGGCACUUGCCGCGCCAACGGCGGCGAGACGCUGGGGGCCACCUGGCACUCACGCCCGACAACUGAGAGCAGCACGCUGGGCGAGAAGCUGCUGCGGACCGGCGCGCGCGACUUCGUGCGCGCCAUCGUCGACAAGAUCACCACCUUGAUGGCGGUGACUCAGCGGGUCCCGCUCCGCUCUGAGCACAAGGGUUGCGCGUUCGGCGCGGAUCGGUCGCAGGAGCACGCGGCAGAGGGCGCCGUCCUGGCGGCGGCCGUGCUGCCCUUCGUCCACAAGUGCAACCUCACCGCUGCCAAGACCAUCAGCGACGAGAUGAAGUUCGACCUGUACUUCCCAAAGCAUUACCCGAGCGAUUCUACGCUUGGCGCCGAGCUCUUUCCAUCGGCCCCGCCUCUUCCCGAGCGGGAGGGUAUCCGACACAUGGGCACCCUCUCCGUCGAGGCCAACAACAAUGAGACGGGGUCGACUUUCCGGAGCAAGACCGGCGAACGCGCCUCUCCACAGGCCAAGAGCGAGGUGGCGGCCGACAUGGACACGGCCGGCAGCGCUCCCUACCGCCUCGUGGGUACCCUCGUGCUGGGGUGCCUCCUCGCGCUUCUCCGCCUGCUGCAGUCUGGUAGCUCCUCGGCUAGCAAGAAGCGUUCGAAGCGCGCCAAGAAGGUCCUGGCGCUGGCUGGCGGCGACUUACCCCUCGAGCGCAAGGGCGAGCCCAACCUGGUCGACUGCUCCAAGAACACCACCCCGAUCGACCCACCGACGGCCCCCAACGGCGUCACCAAAAGUGCCCCGGCUCUCACGCCGGCGGCGACCGGCGGCGCGCCGCUGUCGAGCGAGGAGGGCGACGCCGACCGGACCGUCUCGGCCAAGGAGUCUCCGGGGGUGAUGCCCGCCACGGCGCCGAUCGCCUCGCACGCUGCGGGCAUCUCCGACUGGACCACCCCGUCGAACCCGCGCCGCAACAACGGGCGCAAGGGCGCAUCCGCCCGGGUCGGCCGCGUCGAGAACGUCUGGGUCGGCGGCAAGAACCGGUUCGGGGCCCUGCUCGGAACGAACGGCAACGAGGACGUCGGUGGCGGCGGCAAGGUGGCCCACAAGGCGCGGCCGCCCCGCGGCUCCACGCCGCCGACCACGGACUCGGGCAUGGUCGAGACGACCACAGUUCCCACGCUGGACAGCUCCGUCUCUGCCUCCGGCCGGUUCUCGUGGCCCAAGCUCUGCCCGUCCUACAACUUGCUCCGCCUCUUUGCCAGCCUGGCGCUGAUCUGCCUCGGAGCCGCGUUUGCGCACUCUUCGUACUCUGCCACCGCCGCGCCUCUCGCGACCGUCGCAAAGCCGUUCACGCCGGCAUCGCUCGACGGCGUCUGCGAGGUUGGCGGCAACGACACCAGCUCGUUUGCAGCCAUCGUGUCAUCGGACAGCGCGCCCGCCAACCACCCGGUGCGUGCUCGCUCGCGCGUGCUAGUAUCCGCGCCGCGCAAGCUCGUGACUAACAGCCCGCGCGCCGUUCAGGGCGGACGCGACGAGGGGCGCUUGUGGGAAGCACUGAUGGACGAGAUCGGCGAGGCGGUGGGCGAGCCGUUGCACCUAAUUGGCGAGCCGCUGGCGUCCGUCAAGGAAAUUUACGAGAAGCAGCCGGCCGACUUGGAGACCGUCCUAGCCUCGCGCAACAGCACGGAGCGCAAGGGCGAGCCCGAGAUCGACUUUGUCGGUCCCGUCUACAGCAACAGGACGGGGAUCAUCGCUCGGGGACGCGACACCGUCUUGCCCGUGAACGACACGUCGCCCGAGUUGCGGCCCGCCGACGCUGGGAAGCUUGGGAUGCUGGAGGUGCGGAAGCUGGUCGAGACUGGCCUCGGCGCGCCCGUCGCUAGCAUGCACGCCGGUGGCGAGUGGCGGGCGAACGACGGAUUGACGGACGCUUCUCGAGUCCCAACCAAGGACCUCUUCCUCCAGCGUUGCCGGGCCCUCGAACCUCUUCUCGCGGCCACGCUUGAGGAGCCGGCGUGGCCUGCAGAGGUCCGCACCGUCGCCGACUCGAACGCGGUCGAGUCAGAUAUCUUCUCGGUCCCAAGUGUGUGCGCCGACUGGCAGCCGCACUGCGCCGCCCUUGCGUGGCACGUGGAGCCUCGCCACGCGCUCCGCCACGCGCUCACCGACGAGCUCAAGAUCGACAAGCCUCCCGCGGGCCCGCCGGCCGACGAGCGCUCAAUCGAGCUGCCCUCCCCGUUCCACUUUCCCUUCACGAGCGGAACCUCCUCUUCCGCGCCUGGCCGAGCCCGGCAGCGCGGUCAGCUUUUGGCCGCCUUGUUCUUGCUGCUCGGAGCAUGCGGGCUCUCGGUGCGGGCGCGGUGCCGGACGGGGGCAAGGCGCGGCGCGCGGCUGCUUCUUCUCGUCGCGCUGCUCCCGCUGGCAUGUGCACCGUCCCCGCCGCCGUCUCCGCCGAUCGCUCCACCGGCCACCCCAAUCGAGUUCCAGGUCACUGUGGAUGGCGGCCAAUACCAGUCCGAGGUGUCGUGGACCCUGACGUGCAGCGGCGCGUUGAUCGACAGUGGAGGGGCCCCUUACUCAGGCACCCUGUCCGCGCCGCCCGGCGAGUGCACGCUCAACAUGAACGACUCGUGGGGCGACGGCUGGAACGGUAACCUGUGGAAGGGUGCGGGCUAUACGUUCACGCUCGAAACCACAUGCGCGCCUCUGCCGUGUACUUCCUCCGGCAGCGAGACGUUCACCCUGUCCGCACCGUCGUCGCCGCCGCCGCCGCUGGCCCCGCCGCCGCCGCUGGCCCCCGGCUUUGUCGCCGCGGAGAGCGAGGCCGAGCUCCGCAACCUGAUCGAGGACGCUGCUUUUUCGGAAGCUGACGUCUCAAUCUACCUGCCGCCCAGUGCGGACUUCAAGCUGGGCAGCCAGAUCAGCUGCUCCUCCGACAUCAAGGUGACCGUCGCGAGCAGCAGUGAGGGCGCGACGCUCGACGGCCAGAGGUCGACCGGGCUCUUUUCCCUCUCGGACGGCUGCAGCCUCACCCUGCGGGGGCUGACCCUCGUCAACGGGAGGGCGACGGACUACGGCGGCUACGGCGGCGUUGUGUACGCGGACGGCGCAGGCGACGUCGAGAUCAUCGACUCGACGGUCAGAGAUUGCUCAGCUGGCGAGUACGGGUGGGGCGGCGUCGUCUAUGCGAGGGACAGCGGUGCAGUCUCGAUCAUCGGCUCGGCCGUGACGGGCUGCUCUGCUGGCUAUUACGGCGGCGUCGUCUCCGCGUUGGGCAGCGGUGCGGUCUCGAUAAUCGGCUCGACCGUGUCGGGCUGCUCGGCUGGCUGGCACGGCGGCGUCGUCUACGCGAAUGAGAACAGCGGUGCGGUCUCGAUCAUCGACUCGGCCGUGACGGGCUGCUCGGCUGGCGAUUACGGCGGCGUCGUCAGCGCGAAUGAGAACAGCGGUGCAGUCUCGAUCAUCGGCUCGGCCGUGACGGGCUGCUCUGCACGCUAUGGCGGCGGCGUCGUCCGCGCGUCGAAAAGCGGUGCGGUCUCGCUAAGCGGCUCGAACGUGUCGGGCUGCUCGGCUACUGACUAUAACGGGCACGGCGGCGUCGUCAUCGCGUAUGAGAACAGCGGUGCGGUCUCGAUAACCGGCUCGGCCGUGACGGGCUGCUCUGCUGGCAAUGACGGCGGCGUCGUCUGGGCGUCGAAAAGCGGUGUGGUCUCGAUAAUCGGCUCGAACGUGACGAGCUGCUCGACUGAAAGGGACGGCGGCGUCGUCUACGUGGUUAUCAGUGAGUCCCUCUCCAUCGCGGGUGUCUACUUCAUCGACAACAGAGCGCGCGAGUCAGGCUCGGUGCUGUACCUGCACGAACUCCGCCAACGCUCCUCGAUCAGCGAUGCCUCCUUCACCGGCAACACCGCUGGCGACGACAACGACGGUGCCACGAUAGAGGCAGUCAACUCGCCGAUAGACUGGGACUGCCGCUUGGGCAGCUGGAUGCCGCGCAAGGGCUCCUUUUUUGGCGACUUCAGCGUCGGCUUCCAGCCUAAGUUCAAGAUCCUGGUCAGCUUCUACCAGAUCGCUGGGACGCUCGGCCCCGUCUACGGCGUCCGCCUCCACCAGGAUUUUACGCGCUGGACCGACUUCAUGGACGCGAUCAGCCUCGAUCUCCUCGGCCUCACCUACCCGGACGCGUGCAUUGGCUCGAUGCCUGCCCGGCUCCUGCUUGCCGGCUUGUGGCCGAUCGCUUCUAUCAUGCUCGGAGGCGCCGCCCUCGCCUGCUACGCCCUCGCGGAGUGGCUUCUGUCCGUGGAGUGGCUCUUGUCUGGUCGCGCCGACAGCCUCCGGCGCGACCUCGUCCCCGUUACGCUGCGCCGCCUCCUCUACUGGGCCAUCCUCGUCGCCUACCUUGUGCUGCCCUCGGUCUCUCGCUCCAUCUUCAAGGCGCGGCAGUGCGAGUCGUUUAAUGUCGACGACGUCACCGGGGAGAGGCGCAGCUACCUCGUGGCCGAUCUCGACGUGCUCUGCAGCGCCGACGACGACGAGUACAGCGGCCUCGACGCGUACUUCUGGGCCUUCUUCGUCCUCUGGCCGGUGCUCGUGCCGCUAGCUUUCCUGGCUAUCCUGCUUUCGAUCCGCUCCGAGGUGCGGGCGCAGCGAGUCAGGGCCACGGCCCGAGCUUGCCGCUUCCUCUGGCGCGACUACGACCCGCGCUUCCUCUUCUGGGAGGUCGUCGAUCUGGGCCGCAAGCUCUUCCUCGCUUCACUGGUGCUCUUCAUUCAGACAGACACCGGGUCGAGCAAGCUCCUCCGCCUCUUCGUCGCCUCUGUCGUCUCGGCCCUCUACCUCGCCGCCCUCGCCCUCGCCCGGCCCUUCAAGCGUGACGACGACCUCUACCUCGCGUGCACCGCCAACCUGUUGCUCGCUUGCUGCUUCAUCUCCGGCACGGUGGUUCAGCUUUGCGAGAGUGCUACUUACGAGGACAUGUGCAAGACCCUCGUCGGCUUCGAGAACUCUCGCGGCGCGAGUGAGUUUGUGAUCGCGCUCACCGUCGCAAUGCUCAUCGCAUCGCUGCUUGUCGUCGUCUUCAGGACCGUCAGCGCCGUCCGCGCGCCCACCAUCCGCCUUGUCUCCUCCGGUCGCCCCCCAGUCCUCGAGCUGUCCCCCGAGUGCCACUUCCACGGCUUCAUCUCGCACGCCUGGGGAACUGGCCAGGACCAGACGCACACCGUCGUGCGGCGACUCCAGCUACUUCUCCCCGGCGUCCGGAUCUGGCUCGACGUCGACAAUCUCGAGGACGUGGGCAGGCUCGAGGAGUCGGUCAGAGACGCAAUGAACUUCCUCGUCUUCCUCAGCGCCGGCUACUUCAAGAGCUUCAACUGUCGCCGCGAGCUGUACGCGGCGCUCGCCUCAAAUCGGCCCUUCAUCCCCAUCUUCGAGGCAGACGUGGCAAAGGGCGGCGCCUCGAUCGAGGCGCUGAAGGCAGAGUGCCGCGAGCAAUGCGACAAUUCCAUCUCUCGCGACCCAGAGUCGGAUGCUCGCGAGAGAGAGAUGCUCGAGCGCGUCUACCCUAACUACAGCGGGCCAGACGAGAUGCUCGCUCGCGUGUUUGAGGAGGCGGAGCCGAUCGUGUGGGUGCGGGUGAACAUAUUUCAGCUCGUGUCGCUCAAGGCUGUCGCGCUGCGCAUGCUGCUGCACUCUCCGUACUACGCGAGCCGCCCGGCCGAGCUUGCUGCGGGAGUGCUGGUGCCCGGCGAGGCGGGGCCCGUUUCCUUCAGCGGCCCCGUCACUAUCCUCGUGUGCCGCGACAACGCGGGCGCCGACGGCUUAGCAACGGAGCUCAAGAAUGCGGCGGUGGAGGGGCGCGGCUCUACCGCCAGCGCCGAUACGGUAACGAUCCGCAAUGCGGAGGAGGCGCUCGAGGGAGCCAACGCGGCCCCGCUCGCGGGCUUCCCCGUGUUCCUGCUCUACCUGAACGACAAGACCUUUCUUGACGCCGGCGGCGCUGUCGCGCGCCUCGUGCAAGCGGUGAUGGACAAAAAAAUCGCCAUCGCCAUGGUCCACGAGCAGGAGCCAAGCUGCGGCGGCGUUCCUUUCGGUCGCUUCUUCCAGCAGACGCCGCAGGUGCUGCAGGACCGUAAGCUCUACGAUACGGUGGCGGUGGCGCUCUACCCAGCCCCGGAGCAUCGUGAGAUCAGCCUGCGCCUCAUACUAAAAAGCAUGGGAGCGGUGCCGUGCGACGCGGGGCCGCUCCAGCGGCGGUGGCAGCUCCUCCGCCGCCGCAUGGCGAUGGCUCGACUCGUGCGGCGACGCCCCGUGAGGAGCUCCCAUGAGCCGCGCCAGGAGCCUGUACUAGUAGUGCAGCCGUAG